CGUCCCUUCUCCUUAAGACAAAAACACGCGCCUUCUCUCUCUCUCUCUCUCUCUCUUCCUCUGUUCUCUGCCUUUUUCUGUCCAAAGAACGGAUGGAAAAUAUUGUUUCGGCAUACUCACCGGGUACUUACCCGGCGAAGCUCUGCCGGCCAUUAUUUUCUCUGUAGUUUUAUCUGUAGCCUUUGAAACUCUCCGAUGUAUGAUGCUUGCGACGUGCUGCUAGUGAUUGAGGCCAUUAGAGAACAAGAGAAGAUAAAAAAUUUCUGGAGGCUACUGCCAUUGGAUUGGAUUCUAUUUCUAUUAAUUGUUUGAAGGAUUCUUUGUUUCGACUUUCAUGUUUCGUCUUAUGUGAGAACUGAGUGAAGCAGAGGAAUGGAGCACUCAGAGACUAGGAGGUUAGGUUUUUCUAAGAUAUUGCUGCUCCUAACAGCUUUUCUAGCAGCGACGGCGACUCAAGGUGUGGUUGGCGAUAGAGUGAGGACGCACAGGAAUGCUUACGCGGCUAUGAUGUAUAUGGGAACGCCGAGAGACUACGAGUUCUACGUUGCCACACGUGUGAUGCUCAGAUCUCUAGCGAAGCUCAGAGUCGACGCCGAUCUCGUCGUCAUUGCCUCCAUCGACGUUCCGGAACGAUGGGUUCGAACUCUAGAGCAGGAGGAUGGAGCGAAGGUUUUGAGGGUGGAGAAUCUGAAUAACCCAUAUGAAAAACAGAACAACUUCGACAGCAGGUUUAAGCUCACGAUGAACAAGCUCUACGUAUGGAGUCUGGUGCAAUAUGAUCGCAUAGUUAUGCUUGACUCUGACAAUCUCUUUCUCCAAAAGACUGACGAGCUGUUUCAGUGUGGACAAUUCUGUGCUGUUUUCAUCAACCCCUGCAUUUUCCACACUGGUCUCUUUGUCUUGCAGCCAUCAGCAGAGGUGUUCAAGAACAUGCUUCACGAGUUGGCAAUCGGACGUGAAAACCCGGAUGGCGCAGACCAGGGGUUUCUCGGUAGCUACUUCCCUGACUUGCUAGACCGCCCAAUGUUCCAUCCACCUCUUAACGGUACCAGGCUUGAGGGUACCUACAGACUUCCUUUGGGCUACCAGAUGGAUGCUUCAUAUUACUAUCUGAAGCUUCGAUGGAGCAUACCUUGUGGGCCUAAUAGCGUGAUCACAUUCCCAAGCGCACCAUGGUUGAAGCCAUGGUACUGGUGGUCAUGGCCAGUCCUGCCGUUGGGUCUUUCUUGGCAUGAGAAACGUCGACAAACUCUAGGGUACGGUGCAGAGAUGCCUGUGGUUUUCGUACAAUUGGCAAUAUACCUAACAGUGAUAGCAUUGACGCGGUUAGCGCGGCCCAGUAUAUCCAAGAUGUGCUAUAGGCGUCCAGACAAGAGCAUCUCCAUUUUACAAACAGGGCUCAAGAUGACUGUCACCUGGUCCAUUCUAGCUGCCUAUGUAGUCCCUUUCUUCAUCAUACCUCGGACACUGCAUCCUGUUAUAGGCUGGACCCUUUACCUUCUCGGAUCAGCAGCACUUGCUUCCAUUGCAAUUAAUGCUUUUCUACUGCCGGCUUUUGCUGUCCUGACUCCAUGGUUAGGGAUCAUUGGUUCCCUCGUGGUCAUGGCAUUCCCUUGGUACUCGGAUGGGGUUGUGCGAGCUCUUGCAGUAUUUGCUUACGCGUUUUGUUGUGCCCCAAUUGCAUGGGGAUCACUGGUGAAAGUAAUGGCGUGUUUGCAGGUCUCACUUGAGAGGGAAGCCUUCUUGCCAAGAUUGGGAGAAUCUCCACAGCCUUCUGAGUUCAACAAGUUGUACUGAAGCACGAAAUGGACUCGCCAUUCCUAACAACAGAAAAGGAAAAGAUGAGAUAAGGUUAAUCCAACUCAGUUCUCAUGGUCUUCCUCUGCAUGCGUGCUUCCAAUAUAUGUUUGGUUCUUCCUUCCACAGAACUAUCAAACGGAUGCAGAGGACCCCACAGUGUGUGGAAGGGAUGCUACAUCUUUUUACCUUGUCCCAAGGGAAACUGGAACUAAUAGAUACCAUUUUAGAAGCCUAAGCUGAGAUUGAAUCAACGUUUGGAGGGGCAUUUUUGUUCAGACAUUCUGGACUUUGUAAGAAGUACAACAUUUCGUGAUCCAUUCUGCAAAUAUAAACAUCUUAAUUCAUUACAAACAAAUCCAGAUUAGACGUGUACUAAUCCUGUAAAAUCCUAACCUGCCACACCCACACUCAACCUUCAAAAUAAUACUUGGGCUCACCAUGUACACUUUACCAAUAAACAUCAAUGGCCAUUCACAAGAAGAAAUGGGCAGUCCCAUUGCCACUGAUUGUACAAGAGCACGGAUCGUGUAUAUGUAUGGUGUCCAUGAUGCAUAAAGGAUAUUACCAAUUUGGAAAGAGUGAUUAUCCCAAUUAGGUAAAUUGGAAGGAUAUUACCAAGAUCUUCGUUUGCCAGCUAAA